ACACUAAUGAAUCCCGCAUAUUCAGUAACCAUCCCAACGGUCUGGAUCCUUACCAUUCUCUCAGGAGUGUUGGCUUUCAUCGUGGCGGGUGGCUCACCCAGGACUAUUAAAGCUGCCUUCAGUGGCCACUCCAGAAUCCUGCAGGUCACUACUAGCGAUGGCAGUAAUCCAACUGGAAAUGAAGGAAUGUGAAAUUGUAUGCUCUUGAUGCUUUUUAUACAUGUGUGUUAUUCAUUGAAAGCUCAAAUAGUUAGCUUGCACUUGAUAGACAUUCCAUUUAAUUAGUAAAAUAAUAAAUGCAGUAAAUUCUCUUAUAGCGUAACUUAACAUAGUGCGAUUUUGUGACACUGUGAUUGAAAAAGAACAUGGAGAAAAACAGUGUAUGACUUACAUGAGAAUUCCAUGUUAUUGGAUAUUAUUGGUAAAGUUGCAGAUAUUUUUCACUGAAAAAUAACCUUUGUGCAUUUAAAAGGAUUACUCUGAAGUGGGGUCUGGAUCAGCUGGUGAUGCCUUAUUGUCAACUCUGUAAAGUACUGCAGGAUAGAAUAGAUCAAAGACACACUACGGGAUGCUAGAAUAUGCCAGUACAACCAUCAGCUUCUGACAGUGCUGUCUCCGCAUCAACACAAAAAUCACAAUUAUUCACUUCAAUCCAGUAGGACCACAUCAGCCCCUUUUGAACUGUAGUAAUUAUUACCUAGUACAAUAUUAAAAAAUUGUCUGCCAAAUUUAAGGUGUGUGGAACAUUAUCCUAUUGUUCUUAUAUGUACUUCACUUCGCAUAACACUUAUUUUUUUAUGGCGGCAAUUUUCAGAAAUGUAUUCUAAAUGUUAUGAGAGGGUUUACUGUAUAUAGUAUAUAAUAUGUAUGAAAUGGGACUUAGCUGGUACAGGGCCCAAACAGCGUCUUAAGCCUGAAAUUAAUGAUGUAUUCUAAAGACCGUUUUUUUUUUUUUAAUAGAAGUGCUGGAAAUGUGGAGAGGAAACUAUUGAUAAUAUUUUGGUUUGUCCUGGAACAUUAUUGAGCUGACUUACUAAUGAUCCAGAAGAAACCAAAUUCUGUUUAAAGUUUCCUUUCCUAAUUAUAGGUUAAUGGUGAAUUGUUCCAGCCACAGUGUUGUGAAUUUUAUUCUUCAUCAUAAAGUAAAUUUCAGAGUGAUAAGGUCUUGUCCUUAUCUUUCUAUAACAUAUGGAUCUCUUCUUGCUCAACAUUGAGAGUUUAUACA